CUGUUUCUGUUAUUAAUUCGAUUCGCGGUUAUCGAGACGAAACUCAACUACAAGUUCUACUUAAGACAUAUGUUGGCAUACAAAAUUAAAGUAAAGCGUGGCUUUUUAUUGUUUUGGUUAAAAUAUACACAACAUUUAAACUUAUAAAUUACUUUUUAUUGUUUCUAAAGCUUACGAACCCUAGUGCCUUUUAUGUUUUUAAACAAUUCAUGUAAAUAGUGCGCUUAUAUUUAUUAUGUUAGUAGACGAUAUGUUUCACAUUUUGAAAGAGAUAUUGUACAAAUUAGGAGCCUUAUCAACCAUCACCCUCCUUUUAAGCGUUGUCAUUUUUUGGUUCUACGGAUUCUUCGCCGCUCUUGGUAUCUUUAUGACUGGACUUUCAGGGAUAUUGUAUACUGGACAAGAUCUUUUGCUGUAUUAUCCGAAUAUACCUCCGGAUUCCAGAGGUUUUGUUUUACAACCGAGUAACUUUAAGCUACCAUAUGAAAGUAUCAAAAUCAAAAAUAAAACUGGAUUGAAGAUUCACAUGUUUCUUAUAAAACAAGAAACAAACUGCAAUCAUAUACCGACUAUGAUAUUUUUCCACGGCAAUGCCGGUAAUAUGGGUCAAAGGUUACCCAAUGCUUCUGAAUUGUAUCAUAAAUUAAAUAUCAACAUUCUAUUAGUAGAGUAUAGAGGUUACGGUCUCUCUGAAGGUUCCCCAUCUGAACAUGGUCUCUAUGAGGAUGCACAGACAGCUUUUGAUUAUAUAAUGGAAAGAUCAGAUCUUGACAGGAAAAAGAUUAUAGUGUUUGGCAGAUCAUUGGGUGGUGCUAUAGCUAUAGACCUGGCAUCCAGAUUCGAGUACAGAAACAAGAUUUGGGCUCUUAUUGUGGAAAAUACUUUUACAAGCAUUCCAGAUAUGGCAAAGCUUCUAUUACCAUGGAGAAUUUUGAAAUGGUUGCCUUAUUUCUGUCACAAAAAUAAGUAUAUGUCACUGAGGAAAAUGGGUCAUGUGGUUUCUCCAACUUUAAUUAUUUGUGGCACCCAGGAUGACUUAGUACCUCCAACAAUGUCGAGUGAUUUGUAUACGAGGUGCGGAGCUAUUUGUAAGAAGAUUGUACUGAUUACCGGCGGAGGUCACAAUGAUACAUGGAUUUGUAGAGACUACUACGGCACAUUACAACAGUUCCUCCUGACCGUUCCUUCCCUACCAAAUGAAGUAAGUCCCUUUAUUGAUGAAAAUAAUGAAAAUCCCUCCACUAGUGAUCCUACAAUACAAAUUGUCUAAAUCUUUGUAUUAGUGGUAGAAAUGUUUCAUAUGUUAU